UUCCAGACAGAGUUACUAGCUACAUGGAAGUUUCUGACAUUAAGUCAAAAUCUGAGCUGAAUCCUCUAGAAAAAGUACCCAGCUCCCAUGGCAAGAGGAAUAAAGGUUUACCGGGAUCUCUCCCACGGAGAUUAAGGCGCAAAAAAAGGAAGUUGAAGGCUUCACAAACGCGAGCCUUCCAAGAAGCCUACAACUUCUUCAACAGGGACAAAACUGGCUCUAUUGAUUUGCAUGGAUUGAUGUGCACGUUAGCUAAGUUGGGAAUGAGUCUAAACAUGAAUGAUGUUUCUAAUGAGUUAAAAUAUGCUGAUAUCGAUCGAGAUGGGAAAGUGAAUUUCUCAGACUUUAUCAAGGUGCUAACAGAUAAGAACCGCUUCCUUAAGGCUGUGGUUCCAGAAAAAAUGAAAUGUUUAGAUUUAGCUGGCAACCCAGGAAUUCUGUUGUUUGAAAUCCUGUCAAAGCUUGUAGAGACUUCAGCCUUACCCAGAAAGGCUACAAAGGAAAUAGUAAGGUAUUUCCGAAGAAAAUUCCAAGAAAGCACCUCAGGAAUAUUGUGGAGUCCCCACACUGCGGGUCAUGGAAAAAGGAGAUUUCGGCCAGAAGUCUGCACACCUCUGAGCUCGAGCACGGCCGCCUUUGUUAAUGCUGCCCAGAUCUCAGUCAUGCAAGAAAAGGAUGUACUCAAAUAUCUUGAGGAGCUCAAGAGAUGCAAUCCUCCUUCAGAUAAUCCAUAUGCAAAAAUACCCAUCUUUCCACUGUUUCCUAAUGAGGAUGGAGUGAUAUUGGGAAAGCCAUUCAAAGACAUACAUAAAUUAGAAAUGCUAAGGAGAAAGGAGCCUCUGAAUUUCUUUGAGGACUAUUUUUUCCAUAAAAGAGAUUGGAAAAUACAGGCAGCAAAAAUAAAGCGUGUUAACUCUGCCUCAGGCUACUCAACUGACAUCCUCACCAUUGACCAAAUACUCAAGAGAAGACAGAAUUGGACAGUGACUGAUGCAGCUGCCAUUAAACCGCAUGUGAAGAGAGCUAUAGAUACUUAUAACUUAGGAACUGCUCUUGAGCACCGGAAAGAAAUGUUAAACCUCUGGCAGAAGAUCCGAGGAGAUUUGGUUGGAAUAGACACUAAAAAUGAGUCCUUUUAUGACACAUUUUCUACUUACACAUGGUCCUGGAAUGUUUGCCAAGAAUUACUUUCCCCAAAGGACUUAAGGUUAUAUGAUGCCUGCAUGAAUAGAAAUUCCUUCCACAAUUCUUCAUUCUCUUCCUCUUCGGACAUCAGUGAAUGCGACACAGAGGCAGGAAGAAGAAGAAAAUGGAAAGGUUCCAAAGGGUAUCGACAAUGAAUUUUCUACAUUUUCUAAGCAGCUCAUUGAAAACUACUUUUUCAUAGAUAUCAAAAUUAUCGUUUCUUGCUUUUGUCUAGUACAUUCUUAGCAGCUGGAAAUGUUGACAUCUUUUGAAUUCUGACCAGUAAAAAAAUUUAAGUCAUAAUAUGGUUUCCCUUUUCCAAUUCUUACUAGUAAAUAGAUGCCACUCUGUUAAUUCCCUAGCAAGAGCUGCACUCUGGGGCCCCCACCUGGCUCAACUUUGCCUGCGCGGGAGAAAGAUGGCUGCAGGCACCUCCCUCCACACCAGGGGCUGCCCUGGAGAGUCCAUAAGGCCCUCCCAGCAAUAGGCAUCUAGUGAAUGUGACUGCAAAUGGCAUUAGGUUUUUAAUUAUUUGUCAAAAUGGCCAGAGGCAGGGGAUGACAAUGACCUUUCAGUUUCAGAAAAUAAUGUCAACAUCCCCCAGGGAAUCCUGAUUAAAUUUGAGUGUUCCUACGGCAAUCUCUUGGAACACUCUUAAAAGUAGCUAAUGUCACCUGUUACAUUUCUUGUCAUUGUUCUUUAUUGCACUUAUAAAGCAACACAUAUAUAACUAUUUUACAAGUGGGGCAGUUGUAAA